AUGAUUAUUCUUCAGCAUUUGGCUUUGGAGAGAUUGGCUGACUUGGUGGCUACCAAUCAAGAUGUGAGGUCUUCCGUAUUUUCGCUCAGUCAUUUGGGUGGUAGGCCUGCAUUGUGGAAACAAAUAAGUAGUUUAUGUUUUCAGUUAAUUGAGCAGUUUGUAACAAGUGUUCAUAAAACAAAUACCCAUGGGGUUAACCUAAGUACACCUCUUUGGCCUAAAAAUGUUGAUUUCAAGUAUAAACAGUAUUUGCCGUCUUCAUUUGAAUUAAAUCCGCGUCAACGCGAUGUUGGCAAAGUAAAACUGUUAUCUACUGAUGUAACUGUGUCGAAUAUACGGCCAUCUGGGUCGAUAAUUGCUCAAAAUCUGAUAAAUGCUGGUCGCUUCCUGCUUACUAAGGUAUACACUCGAUUGUAUCGAACACAACUUUUUAGUUUUCUGUCUUCAGAAAUACCAUAUGCUUCAACAGCACAUCUCUUUUCAACUGCUACAGAUAUCGAUUAUGCAGACGACUUCGACAAACCAUUAGUACGAACAAGUGGUCAAGUUAUUAUCUGGGCAACAGAAAUCUUAGCUUGUUUGACAUUAGCUGCUUACAACGAAGACAAUUUUGGAUCGGUUCAGCAGUCUCUUGGACGAAUCUUACUGCUUUUUGCAGAUGGAUUAGAGGCAGUUGAGAAGCACUUGAGAUUAGUUGGUAUGCUCUCCACUCACUACAAACAAACGAUGAACUGUUCAGUCUCUGAUAGCUUCUAUACGAGUACAAUAUCAUCUGCCGGAUAUCUUCAAACCCCAUUAAGAAGCUCGAAACAACCCUCAAGCAAUGCAUUUCCCUCAAAAGAUCUAUGUAACUUAACAUAUUACCGUUUCGCAUCCGAUCCCAGUCUUCCAUGGCGUGUUUAUGCAACGUUUUGUUGGGCUCUAACAAAUUGCUUAAGUCAAUAUGACGAUUGUCUUGCGACUUUAUCACUCAACAAUAAAUCAAAGGAAAGAUUACAGCUACUGAAAGCAUCUCGUUGUACAAUGAGGGAAAACUCAAAUUGA